CACGGCAAGUCAGUCUGCAUCUGGACUCGGUCUCGCGUGCGUUUUCCGGCUGUGCGUGAUAGUGACAAAACCGGGAACAUCGACCAUGACAAUAACAAAACACCUGAUAAUCCUGUGGACUACGCUGACCAUCGCCGCAGCCCUUCAUCGAUCACAGGAUAUACUCCAAACGCAUGGUUUAAAUCUGGAUUACCGUCGGAUGCACGAGGAUCAAGGCAGACGACGGCAAUCGAGGAACCUGGAGAUAUUGGGGCAAAUAUCGGGACACCAUCACGGAACGCAGUAUGCAUCGGAAAAUUAUAAAAACAAUUCGGAUUUACCAACUUUCGCUGACGAAAUACAAAAUGUGACAGUGAGCCAAGGCCGAGAUGCACUUUUAGCUUGUAUAGUGGACAAUCUGCGAAAUUAUAAGGUGGCAUGGGUACGUGUCGAUACACAAACUAUCUUGUCGAUCCACCAUAACGUCAUCACACAGAAUCCACGGAUCUCGUUGUCGUACAACGACCACCGUACAUGGUUCCUCCACAUAAAGAAGGUAGAGGAAGUGGACCGUGGAUGGUACAUGUGUCAAGUGAACACUGACCCUAUGAGAAGUCGACAAGGUUAUUUAGAGGUCGUAGUGCCACCUUCGAUUAUCACUAAAGAAACCAGCACGGAUAUGGUCGUUCGCGAAGGCUCAAACGUGACGUUAAUGUGCAAAGCUUCAGGAUAUCCAGAACCUUAUGUUAUGUGGCGCAGGGAGGACUCGAGAUACAUAAACUAUAAUGGCGUAAACGUGGAUGCUGUGAACGGUGAAGUGUUGCAUAUUAUAAAGAUAAGCCGGCUACACAUGGGAGUAUACUUAUGCAUCGCUUCGAAUGAUGUCCCGCCAUCAGUUAGUCAACGUAUAUCACUGCACGUGCAAUUUCCUCCUAUGCUUUCGAUAGAGAAUCAGCUGGUCGGUGCGUACAUCGGACAGGAUGUAACGUUAGAAUGUCACACCGAGGCUCAUCCUAGCUCUAUAAAUUACUGGAAGACCGAACGUGGUGACAUGAUCGUUUCUGGCAAUUACCAUUCUAUUAUAGGUGACAAGUACGAGGUGGUGUGUACCGAUGACGGCUACAAGAAGUACAUGUCGCUGAAGAUCAGAAAUGUUGGCCCGAAGGAUUUUGGAUCGUACAAGUGCGUGGCGCAGAAUUCUAUCGGUGAAACUGAUGGCGAUAUUAAACUAGAUGAGAUCCCAGCUCCAUCUACAACGUCCACCACACCGGCGCCGUAUUACGUGACCUCGUCGAUGAAGAAAAACAGUAGAAACGGUAACAAGAAAUUACGACAACGACCUAUCGACUACGAAGUCGAGGAAUGGCGGGAUCCAGAUUACGACCGAGAUUAUGGUCCGCCAUCGAUGAGGCCGCCCGGUGAGUUUCCGGUAGAUGCCCUAAGUCCAGGCGUUUCUCAUCGAGCUCAGCUCGUGUUUCAUCUUCUGGUGAGUCUGUUGUCACUGCUACUUCCGGCCAUCAGAAGGUGAUUCUCACGUCGCGGGAACAGUGCUUCCAGUUCUAGUGUUUAUUGGACGGUGACCAGAUCGUGGACGGGUACCACAUUUUGGUACACCUGUCCCGGCUGGAUGAUGGACGAGUGCGACGAGUCAAGACGCGCUUGAAAUUAUUUUCAUACUAAACGUAGACGUAUACAAAAUGAACGCGAAGAGAAUAUAUAUAUAUAUAUAAUAUAUAUAUAUGCAAAUAUAUUAUCCUAUUAUUUAUAUGCAUUUAUAGGGUGAGGCAUCUGACCUGCGCUGGCAUUACUUUUAAAUCGGGUUAUAUGAAAAAUUUUUUGUAGAUUAGAGCUUUCACAGGGGGAUGUUACUUGUAUCAUUUAUUCUUUCAAAUAUCACUUUGCAAAAUAUUUUGGCAAAAUUUAAAUUUUCA